AUGGGUGGUGGAACUUCUCUGUGGGCAUCGCCUGAAUACAAGAAAGACCCCAAGGCCAUUUAUAAUGGGCGUCUGAUAUAUCUUGCCGCCACCAUUGCGUUUGCGGGAUGCGCAUACGGCUUUGAUCAAGGAAACAUCGGGGGUGUUCUGACGCUUCCAACGUUCAGACACGCCUUUGGGCUCGACAAGCUUAGCGACGAUGCCGCCGAUGCGCGAUCUGGUAAUAUUGCUGCGUUGAUGGCUGCCGGUGGAUCUGCAGGCGCCCUCCUCUCUGCUCCAUGCGCGGAUUUCCUUGGCCGCAAAUACUCAAUGAUGAUCUACGGCUGGAUAUAUCUCCUGGGAUGCGCAUUUCAGGAAGUGCCGCACCUGCAACUGUUCUACGCAGGCCGAUUUCUCGCUGGUGUAGCCAUCGGGUCAAUGUCAGCUGGUGCACCUCAGUUCCUGGCUGAGAACUCGCCAAAAGCGAUCCGUGGGUCGAUGACAUGCUUGUACAACCUCAUGAUCAUCACUGCCUUGUCCCUGGCUUUUUGGAUCAAUUACGGCGUGUCCAAAUGGACAAACGUCAAAGUGUCGGACUACACACAGUGGCAACUGUCGCUCGGCAUUCAGCUCAUACCUGGAUUCUUCAUGGUCUGCAUGCUUUGGUGGGUCCUGGAAACACCGCGUGCGCUUAUUGCGAGGGGAAAGCGAGCAGACGGGCUCAAGAACCUCAUGAGGCUGCGCAAGCUGCCCGAGGAUCAUCCAUACAUCCAACAAGAGUACAUGGAAACGUGCGCUCAAGUCGACCAGGAGCAAGAGGUUGCUGUAGGCCGCAACUAUAUGCUAGUCAUCAAGGACAUCGCCUUCGUCCCUUCGAACAGGCGCCGCUUCUUCCUAGCCAUCAUGCUCUUCCUCUUCCACAAGUUCACAGGCACCGACAGCCUGAACUAUUUCGCACCCGAGAUCUUCACUAUGAUCGGCGUAAAAAGCGGCUCCCAGGCUUUACUCACAACUGGUGUGUACGGCCUAGUCAAGCUUGCAACGACAGUGGUCUAUGUCGCUUUCAUUGUCGAUCGCGUCGGACGCCGUCUUCCGCUCAUGAUCGGUGCGUCUAUGCAAGCUACUGCUAUGCUUUACAUUGCGUUGUACGUUCGCUUCGCGAAUCCCGACAAAGGCGGCGGUACCGAAGCUGGCGGUAUCAUCGGUAUCGUCUGGAUCUACGUGUAUGCUUUCGGCUGGUCCUUUGGCCACAGUGUUGCGUGCUAUGUCGUCGCCGCCGAGAUAUUCCCUUCACGUAUUAGAUCAUUCUGUAUGAGCUGCUGCUUCUUCGUGAAUUGGAUCGUCGACUUCGGAAUCACCAAGGCUACACCUUCGAUGAUGACGCAUCUUGGCUGGGGCACCUUUUUGCUCUAUGCAGUUCUGACCUACAUCGGAGUUGUGUUUAUCUUCUUUUGCAUGCCUGAGAUGAAAGGCAGAUCCAUCGAGUCUAUGGAUGACCUGUUCUCUCAUUCAAUCUGGACCAUGUACAAGCGCGCUUAUCCUAAGGAGGAAGACAAGGUUCGCCAUGAUGUUGGCGAAAUUUUGAGCGAUGGCAGAGUAGCGGAGCUUGGAGAAAAGCGCGAGGGAGAUGUGCAUGUAGAGAAGGGUUUUGGUACAUGGCAGGCAGCUCCAGGCGACGCUGGUCGCGCAGUUCAAACAGCCUUGAAAGCCGGCUACCGUCACCUUGACUGUGCUCCGUUGUAUUGGAACGAGUCCGAAAUAGGAGAGGCAUUAACUUCAGUCCUUCAAUCUACCAACAUCCCCCGAUCCGACAUCUUCAUCACAACAAAACUCUGGUCCUCUUCACAUCACGACCCCGAGGCUGCCCUCCGCAAGUCCCUAAAAGACCUCCAACUCGAUCAUGUAAACUUAUACCUUAUGCACUGGCCCGUCUCGCUCCCAUCCAACUCACUCGACGCACCCAACUUUGGGAAAGAAGAUCGGAAAGCGCACGCGCAGGGCUGGGACUUCACCAAGACCUGGGCUCUGAUGGAGAAGCUGCUGGACACGGGACUGACGAAAGCAAUCGGCGUGGCAAACUUCUCGACGGUAAAUCUGGAGAAGCUGCUCAAAACCGCUAAGGUCGUGCCUGCGGUGAACCAAACGGAGCUGCAUCCGCUUCUUCCUCAGGAUAAACUGAACAAAUUCUGCAAAGAGCAUGGGAUCCACCAGACUGCUUUUGGGCCGCUAGGCGGGAAAGGGUCGACAUUACAUUCGCACCCCGCGGUUGUUGGAAUUGCGGAGCAGAAGGGGUCUACAACAGGACAGGUACUGCUUUCGUGGGGUGUUGCGAGAGGGUGGAGUGUCAUCCCGAAGAGUGUUACGGAGGAACGGAUCAAGAAGAACCUCGAGAUCUUCGAGUUGAGCGGGGAGCAGGUGGAGAGAUUAGACGCUUUGGCAAAGAGAGAAGGAAGGAGGUUCAAUAGGCCGGAUUGGGGGGCUCCGGUGUUCCAUGACGAUGAUGGGAGCGUUGCUUAG